AUGAGCAAUUUUCAGCUGCAGCUAAGCAGCGUAUACGUGAUCUGUUGUAUGUUCGUCCUGGCCAGCAGCAAGGUGCCAACCAAAACACAUACGAACAGCUGGCGGGAUUUGAUCUUUGGCAGCAAGUGGCUGUCCCCGACGCCGCGUCAGCGCGAGUCCAAGUUUUUACCCAUCUUUGCCCUGGUGCCCAUUGGACCAAGCAGCUGUGCCGCGCCCUCCGGCGAGCAGGGCAACUGCAUUGCCAACAAGGAUUGCCUGCUACGCAAUGGCAUUCCGGCCGGACCCUGCGGCGGUGGCUACGGCGUCUGUUGCAUAUUUCUACAAACCUGCGGCGGCAUCAUACGCGAAAACUCCACGUAUUUUGUGAAUCCGAAUCAUCCGGAUGUCUACGAUGGCACCGGCAGCUGUCAGGUGACCGUGCAGAAGCUGCAUCCAGAUAUCUGCCAGUUGCGCUUGGACCUGGACAUGUUUUCGAUAGCGCCACCCGAGGCGGCCAAUCAUUUGUGCAAUCAGGAUCAGCUGCUGAUUUCGGGCGGUAGUCCCACGCCCACCAUAUGCGGCAGCUCCACAGGCGAUCACAUGUACAUCGAUGCGGGUCUGGGUCAGAGCAAUCCCAUUGUGCUGUCCGUGAUAACCAGCGCCAGCUUUCCGCGCCUGUGGCGCGUGCGCGUCACUCAAAUCCACUGCGGCAGCAUUAGCCGUGCGGACCAGGGCUGCCUGCAGUACUACACGACGAUCAGUGGGCGUGUCCGGAGCUUUAACUACAACACAGUGGGCGGGCGUCAGCUCUCGAAUCAAGACUACAGCAUUUGCAUACGGAGCGAGCGCAAUUUCUGCGGCAUUCAGUACAAUGCCUGCCCGGAUCUGGAGAACAAUCGUUCGCGUGCCUUCACCAUAUCCGGCAACUCCAACAAUCCGGUGCCCACCAUGGUGGGUGGCGGCGGUGCUGGUGCGGGUGGUGGGGCGGCACCCAAUGGCAAUGGCUGCAUCAGCGACUGGCUGCUAAUUGGCUGCAUACGCUCCGCGGAUCGCAUACCGCCGCUGCCCGGCUGCGAGGAUCGCGUCUGCGGCGGCACCUUCAGCGCCGAGGCGGGCAUGCUGGCCAAGACCGUGCAGUCCAGCGUACGUCCGUUUCGCCUGUAUUUUCACACUGACGGCGUGGAGGCGCCCAAUGAUAUAGACAAUCGUGGCUUCUGUCUGGACUACGUGCAGCAGCCGUGCACGAAUGGAUAUUGA